GAAGUGAAAUCUGGUUCGAGCUUUGAUUGUGGAUCAGUGAAUAGAAAACUUGGGCCCGAUGAUGACGCAUUAUCUGCUUCUUCUAAGAAUAUGUUCGAGGAGGAAGUCAAAUCUGGUUCAGCUGCUAAGAGAAAGGUAGAGCCUGAUGACACAUCUUUAGUUACUUCCGUUGCUAAGAAACCAGCAACCUCUUAUGCCGACAUAGAAACCCCCGAUGCUGACGCUACCAUUGGACAUAAUGUUGAGGAUAAGGAGGAGGUUGAUAUGGAUGUCAUUGACAACAAAAAACCCUUUAUUCAGUUUCGGUAUAUUUGUACUCUUGGUAGGACGGAGGAGAUUAUGGAAGCUGAGCUUGCUAAACGUUUCGUUCCUGGAUCAAACGAAUUGAAGACAGCGCUUGAAAUG